UCUUUCUCUGAAGUCUUAUUCCCACAAAACUUGAACACUUACAACCACUCCAAGUUCAAGUACACUUUCUAUAAUGGCUCUUCAAGCAUCUUCUCUCCUCUCUUCAGCCUUUGUUUCUCCCAAAGAGGUGAAGGUGAAUGGUGGAAUUAAGGACUCUGUAUUCUUGGGAGUUUCUUUCUCUGAGAGUGUUAAAUCUGAUAUUAAUUCUACACUCCUUAGGAGUAAGAGAAUGAACAUGCAAUCAGUUAUAGUUAAGGCACAAACUACAGCAACCGAUGCUCCGGCCGUGAGCCAAGCUACACCGGACAGCAAGAAGACAUUGCGAAAGGGCAAUGUCAUCAUCACCGGAGCCUCUUCGGGCCUCGGCCUUGCCACUGCAAAGGCAUUGGCUGAGUCCGGCAAAUGGCACGUUAUCAUGGCCUGCCGUGACUUCCUCAAAACCGAAAAGGCGGCAAAGUCAGCCGGAAUGACCAAAGACAGCUACACUGUAAUGCACCUAGACCUUGCUUCACUCGACAGUGUUCGGCAAUUCAUCGAUAACUUCCGCCGCUCCGAUAUGCCACUUGAUGUUCUUGUCUGCAAUGCUGCUGUCUAUCAACCAACUGCAAGCCAGCCAUCUUACACUGCUGAUGGCUUUGAGAUGAGCGUCGGCGUUAACCAUCUCGGUCACUUUCUCCUCGCCCGUGAACUGCUCGACGACUUGAAAAACUCUGAUUACCCUUCAAAGCGUCUCAUCAUAGUCGGCUCAAUCACAGGGAAUACGAACACACUGGCCGGGAAUGUGCCACCGAAAGCGAACCUGGGGGAUCUGCGGGGACUGGCGGGAGGGGUUAACGGGAUGAGCGGGUCGGCGAUGAUCGACGGAGGGGAUUUCGAUGGGGCAAAGGCGUACAAGGACAGCAAGGUUUGCAACAUGCUGAUGAUGCAGGAGUUCCAUCGGAGGUUCCAUGAGGAGACCGGGAUAACGUUCGCGUCGCUAUACCCGGGAUGCAUAGCAACGACGGGGCUGUUCAGGGAGCACAUCCCGUUGUUCAGGCUGCUCUUCCCUCCGUUCCAGAAGUAUAUCACCAAGGGCUUCGUCUCCGAGGAUGAUGCUGGGAGAAGGCUCGCUCAGGUGGUGAGUGAUCCAAGCUUGACCAAGUCAGGUGUGUACUGGAGCUGGAACCAAAACUCAGCUUCAUUUGAGAACCAGCUUUCAAAGGAGGCAAGUGAUGCUGACAAGGCCAAGAGGGUGUGGGAGCUAAGUGAAAAGCUUGUUGGUCUGGCUUGAUUCUGUUACAUUAUUUGAUCAUUCUGUCUUUCAGACCCUUUUUUCCAUUGUCUCUUUAGUUUUUAUUAACUUAUCAUGAGCCAUGUACGUGUGUUUUGUUUGUUAACUAUUGUUUCGAUCUUUUUUUUUUUCUUUUAAGACUUAUUGCAUUUAGAUAAAUAAAAUUACCGGCAUUUGUUCAA